AUGAAUUUGGGGCGAAAUUCAAUCGAGAAGAUGCUCGCGUUUGAAGAAUAUCACCGUGUGGCCAGCUACACGCGCGUAUUCGCCGUUAUCUUCCUAACUCCACUGCCAGGACUGUUGAUCAUUCUCCUGGUAGCUGCGAUCCCGCUGAAAAUACCCGUGUUAGGAGUGAAGGGCAACGCCGCGUUCUUCGUACAGUCGUUCCUCAUCCACGUCGCCAUGAUCUUCAGUUUGCUGCUGUUCAUCCGCUGCUCACUGGGCCUUCCCCUUGCAGUAUAUUCACAUGGUCAAAGUGCGGUUAUCUCAGUUAUUGCAGCGGCACUGAACGAAGUUCUAAUGAUUGGAGUCGCGUUGAUCUGGGAGUUCCCCAUCCCAUUCCGCGGAGUCAUCGGCAUCCCUCCGUUCUUGAUCUUACUCGUAUUACUGCACAGAGUUGUGCUGCGACUGAGACUGCGAGAUGUCCGGAUAGAUAAGUGGAUGUAUCUGCAGCUCUUUUUCGCUCAGAUCUCGAUUCUGGUCAUUUUCCAGGGCGUCGCUGUGCUCUUCGCACACUCGCCGGUGUGGGGACAAGCCGUGAUCACUGUUGGUAUCCCCCUCCUGCGUUUUGCACUCAAGCGAGUGAUUUGGAGGCUUUCGAGUUGCCUGGAAGAUAUCAGCACGGACGUCGGGGUCUGCGUCAUUGAGAUUUUCGGCUCACUAUUUCAGAAUGUCUGUCUGCAAAAUGCCCGAUCUUUCGGCGUAAGCGUCAGGCCAUAA